CUUCCAUCUUAUUUCAGUUGAGCGCCAGGCUCCUCACCACACCGGGAUACUUUUACACCAAAAAAACUAUAAUUAAUUUUUCAAGAAGUUCUGGUGGUUGUGAACGUUCUGAGUAAUUUGUGUGAUGGAAGCGCUCGGAUUUAGCCAACAACUGGGGCGUUCUUAAGCAAGAAUGGCGGCAAGCGAGCGCUUGAGAUGACAGGAGCGAACUAUGACCGGAAGUGUGUAAAAUGGAACGCAAGAGGUCUGUCAGGAGACAGCGAAGAUAUGAGAGACCUUUCGCAAAAAAGUGCAAAGAUUUAUGCAGACAAUUUAUCGCUUUUCUGUUUAGUAACGUCGGAAUCAUUGGACUUGUGGUCAGCUACACGAUCGCCGGCGCAUUCAUAUUCCGCUUCGUCGAAAAGAAGUACCAGAUGCAAGUGAGGCUCGACGUGCUUCGAAUCCGCAACGAAACCGUAUCGAAGUUCUGGAACAAGACCUUGGAGAUGAACACUUUUGCCGAAGCGGAUUAUAAGAAACUUCUAUUAGAAGAGCUCCUAAUCUACCAGAAAAGAAUGGUCAAGUUCAUCCAGCGCGGGUACGACGGAGAGAACUAUUCCGACAAGUGGUCGUUCGCCGGCGCUUUUCUUUAUUCACUCACGGUCAUCACCACAAUUGGCUAUGGCAACAUUUCGCCUCACACAAUCGAAGGUAAAAUAACAACUAUAGUUUACGCAAUAAUAGGAAUGCCCCUCUUCCUCCUAUACUUAUCCAACAUUGGCGAUAUCAUGGCCCGUUCCUUCAAGUGGGUUUACGCCAACUGCUGCCUCUGUAGAUGGUGUCCAGGUGUGGCGAAGCGACGCGCUGAGAGGAAACGGGAACGCGCCCGUCUGGAGGAGGGGGAGGAGGAGGAGGAGGAGGAAUAUGAGGUCGGAAUGUACCAGAAUUACGGCGAUUUUUACAAGCAAAGACCAUCGAUUGUGAGUGAUGUGAGUCAAGGGGUGACCGAAGGAGGAAGCGAGGAGUCGUACGAUGUGCAGACGGUCACUGUGCCGGUCACCAUCUGUCUGAUGAUUAUGGUGGGAUAUAUAUGCGGCGGCGCCCUUUUGUUUUGUAAAUGGGAAGACUGGGAAUUCAUGGACGCUUUCUAUUUCUGCUUCAUAUCUUUGAGCACCAUCGGCUUCGGGGAUUUGGUCCCCGGUGAUAAGAUUUACCGACGCGGAGACGACGAAUUCCUCGUUGACGAAGUCUUGGAAUUAACUUUUGUCAUAUGUGCCAUGUAUCUCAUGGUGGGGAUGGCCCUCAUCGCCAUGUGCUUUAAUCUGAUGCAGGAGGAAGUUAUACACAAAAUACGAACAACAGUGAGAACUGUCAAGCAUGUAUUACGUUGCGACAGAUGACGACGACUUUGAGCUGAAACUCACUCCUGGACCGAUCCAAUCGCGACGAGAACGUCCUCCAAGGGAUGGAAAUCCAGUGAGACCCCAGACUGACUUCCAGGACCCGACAAAGCGUAAAUUGUUGGAAAUUCAUGUUUUGUUAUGUAGUUAUUGCCAGUAAAACUUUAUCUGUUAUCCGA